AUGCCCUCUUCAAUCAGAGCGACGGAGGAAAAGGCUUCUCGUCGCUCUCCUGAUAAACAUGGCGGCGCGGCUAGGCCUUCUAGCAAGGUGUCUAUCGACGAACUAUCAUCCGCCUUGAACUCUCUCGCGCUCCCAGACGAUGAACAAGAACCUGUCAAUCAAUUCCACAAGUUUCUCCAUAAAAACGCUGAUCUAGUCGACUUUGUCGCCAACGUUAUCGAUCCGUCCGUAUCAAACCAGCAAGCCGCUCAUAUCGACCUAGAUGCAUAUGUCCCACAUGUUCAACGGUUUUGUGCAAGAUGGCAAGUCUCGAAACGUGCGGAGCAAAAUCAUCUCAAACUUGCGAAUGGCCUCCGAAACAUCCCGUGCAUUUUACUGCAAAACCCAACCCGAACGCAUGAUAUGGCCUUCGAUGAUAUGGUGGAAAACACCGCAACUCUCCGUUACCUUCAGGAUUCUUUGGAUGACAACGGGCUCAGUCUGGAUGAUGUGAUUAUUCUGGAUGCUAUUCCUCUUCUCACGGAUAGGGAUCUAUAUCGACUCAGUACCGAUGAACGCCGAAUAGCGCUAUUCGAAGCAUCCGAGCUCACACGUCGAUUCAUACGGAUAAAUAAAGUAUCUGUUAUUGUCUCCCUGCAGUGUGCGACACAGAAUAAUGCCAAAUAUGACGGCAUCUCGUCGUUCCUUAGAGAGCUAGGGUCAUCUACCAAGUGGGCUCGAAUGGAAACGGUUAUGAAAACCUCUAUAGACGGUCGGGCGCUCUACGUCGUGCAGGGCUUCCACCCUGGGCAUAUAAUUAGGACAUACAAGCCGGAUCUGAGAAUUAAACGAGAACGCAUCCUUCAAAACAUUCUGGAACAGGUAUACAGCCCUUACGCAGAAUGGAUAUCAGAAAUGGCCCGGGAAGAAUUUUCUAAGAGCAGAAAAAGGCUAGACUGCUCUGCGAAUAAAUUCCUCAAUGAUUUAGAGCGAGCUUUGGCAGCUAUGCAAAAGCUUGAAGCCUUGCAAACCACAGUGUCGCCUGAUAUUGUAAUCAAGGGCAAAGAUACUAGAAAGCAGGUGCUGCGGGUAAUGAAACUCAUGGACAAUGCCCGAUCAAUAUUGGAGGCUAACUAA